AUGAAAAAAAUAGCCAGAAAAGAAAUGAGUGCAGAGAAAAAUGGUAGGAAACAAACUGGAGGUGGACCACCACCCCCUAAACCAUCAGAGACAACAGAAUGGUUAAACACUAUUAUGGGCGAGUCAAUUUCUGGCUUACCCGCUAUAUAUGACAGUGAUGCUUUAGUUGAUGGUGACACAACGCUUGAAAUGUCAAACACAGCAGAAUGCACCAUAUCUCUAGAUUUAAUGGAAAACGAAAUGUCCGAUGCAGGUGGUACUGCAAAUACUUCCUUAAAUGAGUGCAACAAUUUGUUAAACACAGAAGUAUUGGAUGAUAUUGAGACAGAUGCAGACUCAAAAAAGGUUGAUAUAACGUUUGACAACUCUACACCAAAGGCUUUGCUCAGGAAACCAAUUUCAAAGCAAUUAUCGAGUCCUCACAACAAAAGAAAGAAAUGUUAUACUCCUUUUGAAGCCAGAAAACGUAUCGUAACUCAUUUUGAAGAGAAAAAAAGAGUUUUUAACCGAAAAAAAGAGCAGGGAAGAGCAAAUAAAAAAAUAUGCACAAGAAGAGCACCAGCAAAAUAUUACACAUAA